AUGACUCCCGUCGGACCUCGUGCCUCGAAAGAGGAGUUCAUGCAGGCUCUUGCCUUGGAUUCGCAAAAUCCACAGCAUGAGCAGAUUUACAGGGCUAUGAGGGACGAAGCGAUCAUCGUCUACAAUCGCCUCAACGAAGAUACCUCGCAUCUCCUCGACAGCGUAGCGAAUGACCCGUCUACUCGGCCGCCCUUCUUCUGGCAUCAUAUCCGUCCCGAGCGUCAACGGUGGGGCAUCAUCGAAAUCGCACAGAAUGCUGGGCCCUUGACCCGUCCUUUCUUCGCUCGCGGCGCCACGGCCGGUGAGUACGGUCCGAAUUGGGUGGCGGGGUGGUUGUUGUAUAGUGUGUUUCGGUCGAGGGAUGUGCGGAAUAAUCGCAAUCGGCGAAAGGGGGACGAUCAUGGUCAAGGCUCUAAGACGAAGAAGCAGGAAGAAGAUGCGCCGCCGACGAAGUACUAUGAUCCGGUGCGAAAUGGGUAG